AUGAAAGAUGAUAUCAAAGUCCAAAUAGAGUAUUGUGGUGCUUGUGAUUACGGUGGUCACUGUCUUGCACUUGCAAAUGCUAUUAAAAAAAGUACAACUAAUGCUAGUGUAAUAUGUAAAAAGGGACGUAAAGGAUCUUUUGAAAUAUUAUUAAAUGAUAAACUAAUUUAUUCAAAAUUACAAACAAUGGCAUUACCUGAUUAUGAAGAAGUAGUAAAUGUAGUAUUAGAUGUAUCUAAUGGAGGUGAACCAAGAGUAAUAAAAGGACAACAGCCAAUAAACUGUGCAAUAUCAUAA